GGGUGACGAGUGGCCGCCGGCGCAGAGCCCGGGCCGGGCCGAGUCUAAGGAGCUGUCGGCGGUUGGGAUGAGGCGACCGCGAGGACAAGGAGGACCCGGAGGGUGAGGCCGCGGCCCCGGCGCCUCCCGAGGCCGUCAGGAGAUCCGCAGAUGCUUUUAAGAAUGGCAGCAUCAUUCCCUUCACUGCUACAUUAUUUCUGGAUGAAGUGGUUAUAGUUCUAAAAAAGAGGACUGAUGACUUAAGCUAUGACAGAUCACUCACUCACGUAACAGCAACAUUCUGGAUGCCCGUACCGGAAAAAAGAAUUUCAUAAUUUCUGAGGAUCGGCUGACCUGUCCUUGCAAAAUGAAUCGUUAUACAACCAUGAAACAACUUGGUGAUGGAACGUAUGGCAGUGUGUUGAUGGGGAAGAGCAAUGAAACAGGGGAGCUUGUGGCCAUCAAAAGAAUGAAAAGGAAAUUCUACUCUUGGGAUGAAUGUAUGAAUUUGAGAGAAGUCAAGUCACUGAAGAAACUGAAUCAUGCCAAUGUGAUAAAGCUGAAAGAAGUUAUCCGAGAAAAUGAUCACCUUUAUUUUGUGUUUGAGUAUAUGAAAGAAAAUUUGUAUCAAUUAAUGAAGGACAGAAACAAGUUGUUCCCAGAGUCUGUCAUCAGAAACAUUAUGUAUCAGAUAUUGCAAGGACUAGCUUUUAUACAUAAACAUGGUUUUUUCCACCGGGAUAUGAAGCCCGAAAACCUUCUGUGUAUGGGUCCAGAACUUGUUAAAAUAGCUGAUUUUGGACUGGCUAGAGAGCUAAGAUCUCAGCCUCCAUAUACUGAUUAUGUUUCUACCAGGUGGUAUCGUGCACCUGAGGUUUUGCUGAGAUCUUCGGUUUAUAGUUCCCCAAUAGAUAUAUGGGCGGUUGGCAGCAUAAUGGCUGAACUAUAUACAUUAAGGCCCCUUUUUCCAGGAACAAGUGAAGUUGAUGAAAUCUUCAAAAUAUGCCAAGUGUUAGGAACCCCAAAGAAGAGCGAUUGGCCGGAAGGGUUUCAGCUUGCAACUGCAAUGAACUUCCGCUUCCCCCAGUGUGUCUCCAUAAACUUAAAGACUCUCAUUCCAAAUGCUAGUGGUGAAGCCAUCCAGCUUAUGACUGAUAUGUUGAACUGGGAUCCAAAGAAGCGACCUACAGCAAGCCGUGCACUGAAAUUUCCCUACUUCCACGUUGGACAAGUUUUAGGUCCACCUCCUCAACAUCCAGAUCAGAAACAGCUGCAUUCUAAAUUAAUCCAGCCAACAGAGCCAAAACCAUCUCUAUCCAAGCUAGAACUUGUAUCAAAAUUCGAAUCUGCACCUAAACCAGAAGCGCAGACAUCACCAGAUGCCCCUGACAGAUUUCAGCUGCAGUCUCUGUUGAAGAAUAACCAGCAGCCCCUCCAGCCAAUUCAGCUCCCGCAGAACUCAACCAACCAACAGCCAUCAAAGCAGCAGCAAUUGUUCUUUCCAGCCAUCAAAAACUCAUCACCAAAGCAAACAGCCAUAGGACCUUCAAAUGGUACAGUGGGCCUGAAAACUUGUCGACGACGAUGGGGUCAGACUGUAUUAAAGGCUAUGGAUAGUUGGGAUGAUCUUGAGGAUGCAGAGUUUGGAAUUUCAUAUUCUAAGAAGCCCAGCAUUACAACAGUGAAUGAAAAGAAAACAAAGGAAACUCUCUUUAGUGUUCCUAAGUCUCCCAUGUCAGUCCAGGCAGGAGGAGAAAAUAAAGUUUUGAAGAGAAAUGACUCUGGGAUAUCCACUACAUCAGCAAAACAAUACUACCUUAAGCAGUCAAGAUACAUACCUGGAGCCGCCAAUAAAGAAGGAUGCCAUGGAACCUGGAACAAUUCUUUGUUUUCAAAACCACUAGCCCCUCUUGGAGGCCUGUCAUUCAGCCGAGUCAAUGCAGGAAACCCUGGCUUUGUGGGUGCCGCUUACAAUGCCCCCGGAGGCUACAUCCCUUCCUUUCACAAAACUGAAGUUGGUUCAGCUGGUCAGAGGAUACAGCUAGCACCGCUUGGGCCAUCAGCCACAGCUGGUCGGGCUCAGUUACCAGGAACGACUUACAACCCAGCCACAAAAGGCAUGAACAUCUUGACUCGGCCCCCGCCCAUACAGCCAGUACAUGGAAGAACAGAUUGGAUGGCCAAGUAUGGAGGACAUCGGUAGAGGUGCUUUCUCAAAAGGUGUAUGCUUCUGCUGUUGACUGUUACGUUCUUUCCAUCCUUUUUAUUCUGGGACACUUUAAAACCCAUUUCUAUAAAUGGAAUAUCAAUUCCUGAAUGAACUGAGAGCAUGUAUUACCUCUAGAGGAAAGAAAACAGUAAUAAAUAUAUUUUAGUUAGAAAGCCUUUUUCAGGAUAAGUUUCUUUACAGUAGGAUUUUUCCUUUUUUUUUUUUUACAAAGUAUUUCAUAAAGUAUCUUGCCAAAGGUAAUGAGUAUUUGAAUUCCUACUAGAUGGAUGGUAAUUGUUGUUGGAGCCAUCUCUUGUUUUCCUUAUUAAAAUGUUCUUAAACGGCAUAGACCUGUCAACUGGUGUAUUGACCACUGGACAACGCUAGGUAUCUCAUUUAAUAUAGAUAGGCAAAAGGUGAUUUUCUUUUUCCAAACAGAUGUUACUUCAGAGACUUUUGGGGGGUAAAUCAGAUUGAACAGCAGGAACAAAACUUAUUGCUCAGAAGAAAAUUGUUUGCAGCAUUGCUUAACAAGCAUCAGAUUGCAGGCCUAAAUUGAACUCAGCUGUUUUUGUUUUGAGCUGGGCUGUGCCCUUACCGCUUUGGAUUCUAGAGAAUGAGUCAGGAAGUAGUCAAUGUAACCGGUAAAAUAAUCGUAUUAGGAAGGUGGUAUAACCCUGACCGCCAAUUCUAUAUUCCACUACUUUUGAGAAUGCAGACAUACCCACAUGCAGCGUGUCUUGUAACUGUUAUAAUGCAUGAGCGGUCAAGGAAGAGAUUUGUGACUAUUUUUUUAUCUUGAUCCAGAGAUCUUCACACACAGCAGUGGACUCCACAUAUGGAUCUCGAAUAAAUGCUCAGAGCUUUCAGCUUUGCUUGGCAAUUAAAUGAAAGGUGAAGCUUUUCCAUGUGCAGAUGGCACACGAGUCCUAAUGCAAGCAAAGAGCUCUUGGUUUGGCUUGAAAUUUCUAUGGAGAUCAUACACAGGUGUGAUCCUGUGCCUGGGAAAUGUAGCAUAUGAAUGGUGUUGGAGAAGCAUGCUUUCCUACAUAGGAAGCCAGCUAACGUGAUUGUCAAGUUAGAAAGCCAUAACAUAUUAAAUGUCAUUAUAGAUACACCUCUAAUCUCUGUAUGCAGCGAGAUUCAGUUGAUUCUCCCCAAACAAUUGCCCUACCACAUUCCUCUUUUUCAUGGGAGGGGAGUUCCGGUGUAGCAUCACAAUAAUUUGUAAGCCUGAGCUGCUUGUUCUGUGUUCUGGUUCGUUCCAAUUGUAGUGCCUUCCCUUGGUAACCAAAGCUGAACUAUAGAAUUCUCUGCCAGUUCCCAAAGGAAUUUCUUAUACCAGGUGUUACCUGCUAGCCUGUUUCUUCUUAUUCUUGGGACAAAAAUCACACCUUCCUUCUAUAUGCUCCAAAACUGGCCCCAAAAUCUAUGUGCUUUAUUCAAGACAUUGUCUUUAAUAGAUGUGCUAAAAACGCUAGAGACCGUUACACUCCACUCUGAGCUUUAUAGCUUCUUCGGCUACUAAAUCUUGUAAAGAUUUGUUAUAUUAAAGGUGACAAUCCAAACUUUUAAAAGUAGAAUGUAUUGUACAUUAUUUUAAAAAUGUAAAAUGUUAAAGAUUUGUUCAAAGGCUAUUUUGUAUGUAUUUUAUUUUUAUUUUUUUUAAAAAAAUAUAUGUGUAUUUGUUGUAGAGUAUUUAUUGGUUGGUUGACGCUUGAAUUAGGGCUCAGUGGGAAACUCCUGUCUUGAUUUUUUUUUCUCUUAGGGUUUACUUAUGUGUUAAGUGUGUUUAAGGUUGAAACCUUGUUUUUAACUGGAACCACAAGGGCAAUAAGUAAUAUUUUAUCCCUAUGCAAAGUAACAGGAAUAUCAGACUAAUGCUGUACUACUGACAAUUUUUGCUCCCGUAUAUCAAAUGAUGUUCAGUUGUUAUUUUCAGUCUCUACGUACAAACAUCAGAACGUUACUGGAAUGUUGUCUUGUAGAUACCUGUUUAGAUUUCUUAUGCUAGUAAAAAUAACUUACCUUCCCACUUGGGCUGGUUUUUCAAAUGAAAAUUAUUUCAUAAUAAACUAAUUUUCUCAGGAGUACAUGACCAUA